UAACCUUUGCUGACGAGCACUUCCGCUUUCAAUCUCUCCUCGAAAAUGAACACAUUUCUUUCCAGAUUGAAUACAAUUUUUGCCUUCACGCUUAGCGUGAUGGCAGCUUUGACGUUUUGCUGUUUUCUUACAACGGCAUUUAAUUCACACAAAACCUCAGUUUAUCUUGGUACAGGGAAGGCAAUUGUAAAAAAUGUUCCAGACUACAGUGCAAACAGAGAAAAAAGUGACUUAGGCUUCAUUGUGUUUGAUAUGACUGCGGAUUUAACUAAAAUAUUUAACUGGAAUGUUAAACAACUAUUUUUAUACCUGACUGCAGAGUAUGAAACAAAAGAUCAUCAACUAAACCAAGUGGUAAUUUGGGACAAAAUCAUAAGAAGAGGAGAGAAUGCCAUGUUGGAUUACCGAAGCAUCAACACAAAAUACUAUUUCUGGGACUAUGGAAAUGGAUUAAAGGGAAACAAGAAUGUGACCUUGACCUUAUCUUGGAACGUCAUCCCUAACGCCGGGACUCUACCAAAAGUAAUGGGAGAAGGCUCUCACAAGUUCAAGUUCCCAGACGAGUACAGUGCUAAUCGAUUUUAAUUUUGAGGAAUCAGCAAUGGGAACGGAGAAUGUGUCUGAAGGCAGCACUAGAUCUGAGUAAUAGCUAGCUGUUUCCUUGUUGUGUAUGCUGAGUGAUUGGAAUGCUAACAAAAUGAAGGCAUACAUGUACAUUUAUUGAUCAGCAGAUCGAAAACUUGUAUCAAAAUAUUUAUACUGGUACAGUGUUUUCAUCUUGGUCCGGGUUUUUGUAAUUGCCACAGUCAGUUUUAAGUUUGAAUUCAUAAUAUAACAUGUACAUAUAUUAAGAUCUAAUUUGUACCGUAUAUAACCAUCAAGAAAAGGG